AUGGCUGCAGCAUUGAGGCUCGCCGUCGCGGUGACAUGCGCCUUGGUGUUGGCGUCGGCGUGCCAGGGCCUGGAGCUGGGCUACUACAAGAAGAGCUGCCCCCGCGUGGAGCACAUCGUCAGGGCCGAGGUCAAGAAGUUCGUCUACAAGAGCGCCGGCAUCGGCGCCGGCCUCAUCCGCAUGCUCUUCCACGACUGCUUCGUCCAGGGAUGUGACGGAUCCGUGCUGCUGGACCCGACGCCGGCGAACCCGCAGCCGGAGAAGCUGAGCCCGCCCAACUUCCUCAGCCUGCGCGGCUUCGAGGUGAUCGACGCGGCCAAGGACGCCGUCGAGAAGGCCUGCCCGGGCACGGUCUCCUGCGCCGACAUUGUCGCCUUCGCCGCCCGCGACGCCGCCUACUUCCUCAGCCGCUUCUACGUGAAGAUCGACAUGCCCUCCGGCCGCCUCGACGGCCGCGUCUCCAACGCCUCCGAGGCCCUGGCCAACCUGCCGCCGCCCGUCUUCAACGUCACCGACCUCGUCGGCAGCUUCGCCGCCAAGGGGCUCGACGCCGAGGACAUGGUCGUGCUCUCCGGCGCCCACACCGUCGGCCGCGCCCACUGCUCGUCCUUCGUCCCCGACCGCCUCGCCGCCCCCUCCGACAUCGACGCCGGGUUCGCCAACUUGCUCAGGAGACGGUGCCCCGCGAACCCGACCACGGGCAAAGACCCCACCGUGAACCAGGACCUCGUCACCCCCAACGCGUUCGACAACCAGUACUACAAGAACGUGCUGGCCCACAAGGUGCUCUUCACGUCCGACGCCGCGCUGCUUACCUCGCCGGAGACGGCCAAGAUGGUGCUUGACAACGCCAACAUCCCCGGUUGGUGGGAGGCCAAGUUCAAAGCCGCCUUCGUCAAGAUGUCCCGGAUGUCCCGGGUGGAGGUGAAGACCGGCAAGCAGGGCGAGAUCAGGAAGAACUGCAGGGUCGUCAACCAUGAUCAUCCUCACAGGCACUACUGAUCGACUACUGCCGGAGCCCCAUUUUUCCCCCUUUGUCAGGUUUCCUUCUUGCGAUUUCCAUAUCUCGUGGGGUUGGGUUACUUGAUGAUGAUUAACUUCCCACAUAUCCUUCGGGUGUUCUUUGGCUUCCAUUAUUAUUGCUGUCAUUUCUUUAUUUGUUAUUCUCAUGUCCUUGUUUGGCUUGAAUGUAAUGUCCUUCUGUCUCAAUUGUUGAUGUUAAUGAACUAGUGUAAUAAAUGAUCGA